AUGAAUGAGGCAGGGCUUUUGAACUCCAUGCCCUUGGAGGAUCUCAAGGUUACCUGUGAGCGCUUGGAGCGCAGUUGCCAGGACAUGCGAUCAUUGCUUAGCGAGUUUGAAGAGGAGCAGGCGAUGCUUCGCCAAGAGCAAAAUCGGCUGCACAAGCGUGUGGAGAAAGCGCAAAGGAAGGUCAAGGGCAGACAGGAACGCUUUCUCGACAACCUUUUGAAUGACAUGGAGCAGCUUGAGGUGUCGAAUUUGCUCUCGAGCAUUUUCCGUGCGAAAGAAGAGCAAAAGGCAAAGAGGCGCCGCUGGACUGCUGCCGAAAGCCAAGGUGGCAAGUCGACGGUGCAACAAAAGCUCCAGGACAACGAUCUCUCUGGACCCUUUAGUGAUGUCAACGUCCAACUUUCUUGGGCCUUCGGUCUCCAGAAAGGUGGGAUGAAGCGUGCCGAGUUUGGCACCGAAGCAGCAGAGCUGCAGAAAUGGGUUCGAGAGGUCAUGUCAGGCGAUCCGGUGGCCGAGGCUGAAGCACUGCCCGACGCGAUGUGGGCAGCGCAGCUAGCGAAGAGAGCUGUGGAGUCUUCGCCACAGAAGGCUCGCCACAGCCCAUCGUCCAGUCCCAAAGCUCCAGGACCUGGGAUGGGCUUCUACACAGAGCAACCUAGCCCGACCGCGGUCAUCAGGCCAGCCGUGCGAGCCCCACGGCCGGAUGGCGAGGCAUCUCCUGAGCACAGUGGUGCCGAGGAUCCCAGUCACUUCGACACUCUGGUUGGCCUCGUGAGCAAUGUUGCGGGUCACCAGGUAGCCCAGCAGAUGGAGAGAAGCUUCGAAGCAGCGCAGCACCUUGCGCAGCAGGCACGUGCUGCUUCCAAAGCGCGCAUGGAUGGCCGCGGCAGCGGGGCAGACAUGCCCGCUGCCCCGACAUUCUCCAGGCGACUGCAGGAGGCGGGUGCCGUCAUCAACUUCUUCGCAGAUUGGGCCACAGGAAAAGAGGCCGAACUCUCGAGAGAGGGCGAGGGCGAGGAAGUGUAUCUUCCGAGACCUUUGCCUUCUGACAAGGCGCAGGCGAGGCUAGGGGAGGCAGGGAGCGAGCCUGGGAAGACUGGCCCCGUGAGUCGGGACGCACGGCGAGCCAAGUUCCAGGAAGCGUUUUCCAGCUAUUUGCAGCAGAAGGCGCCUGACCUACAAUCACCGGAGAAAUUGCGUGCGCCGCCAAUAUCGGUGGCCCCGCCGCGAGCCGCAGCGCCAGAGGAUCCAGAGCCCCCAACGCCGCCGCCGGCACCGCCUACCCGCGAGGCGUUGCUCCAGGAAGCCUUGCGGGCGGCAGAGGUGGAAGAAGAGGAGACGGUCGAGCCUUGUGCGGUGCCUUAUGGCGUGUUAGCGCAGGUGACCUCCCUGGCUGGCGGUUGCGUGCGCCUGUCCUGGCUCUUUGACUGGGAAAGCGCGCCCGAUGAGAUGUCCAGCGAGGAGUGGGCCCGGAGAGGUUUCGAGGUCCUGUGCUCCGAGGAGGGUCAAGAGGAUUCUGAGGAUGUGAAGGUUCUGCCUUUCUCAAAAUCACCGGCGGCCUUGGAGCUCCCUGCCGGGCAAAGAUACCGCCUCCAGGUGCGGGCGACCCUGUCCGAUUCCAGGCAAUCAGGGACCACCACUUGGACCUCGGCGCCGUCCAGCGCGGUCAGCGCCGACUUGCGAGCACCCACCUCGCCAGUCAAGGCUCAGGCCUCCUCACCCGUGUCUCUCGACAGCGAGGCAACUUUGCCGAACCUGCAAGUGCCGAAAGCCAAGUCGAAAGGCCGAGUGGCCGCCAACUUUGGAGCUUUCAUGGCAGCAGCCGUUCCGAGCCCCUCUGCGCCGAACGCUGCUGCAGCGAAGGUCGUGAUGGGCGGGUCAGUUCGCCAGCAGGCGCGGCCUGAUCCGCUGGUUGCACCCUAUCCGCGGGUCGUUUCUGCCGGCCCCGUGGAUGCUGCCAGUGAGAAGGCCGAGAUGGCAGAGAGACUUCGACUGCGCGGGCAAAGUGGGACGAGGGAGACCUCCAACACGCAUGACUCGCAUCCGCGUUCUUCGAGCUUUGAUUCUGACGACGAGAGCCUUGCGAAGCUGUCCUUGGCUCUUCGAAGCUUGGAGAAGAACACGGUAGCCAGACAAAAGCGGCAGCUGCAGGAGGUGGCCAGCGAGGCAGCCCAUCAGCUACCAGAGCGACUGGAGGUGCCGCCAUCUGCGAUGUUCCGGAGAGAUGAGUUGGAUUUAGCGCAGGGUCGCCCGGCCAUUCUGGGAAUCGAUAACUCUUCAUCUGCAGACGCCCAUAGCAUCAGGCUGCCUGAGGACUUCUUCGAAGACUUUGAGCAGCGCUGGCGCUUCCUGCCUGGCUCAAAUAGCGCUGCAAGAACCUUCCGCAGGAUAUGGGGCUACAAGUCCGUGCUGAAGCAUGCCAUCGUGGGCGGCUUCAAGGCCUACGAGUUUGGCAUCCCACGCCCGUCGUAUGACGCCGAGGCCUCGGAAAAUGCUGCACGGCGCGCAGCGCGAGCGUUACAGAGGAACCUCUCCUUGGUGCAGAACCAUGUCCAUCGUGCGGACGCACAGUUGGCCCGCUACUUGCGUCAAGCUGCCCUUCUCUUUGGCUUGCCUGGAGGCCUCAACUCCUACACCACGCCGCCUCUUGCUGUAGGCUUUGGCUACCACUUCGACCCCAGCGAUGCGAUCAUCCUUCAAGUAGAGGGCAACAAGACCUGGGAGCUCUGCAGUCGAAGAUAUCCCAAUGCCCUGAGCUUUGUCAACCUCACGUACAACCAGGUCCCAGUCGAUUCGCCGGAAGUGGCAAACUGCAGCCAAAUCGUUCUUCGUGAAGGCGACGCGAUGUACCUGCCUGUGGGACAGAUCCACCGCGCGCAAGCGAAUGAUGAGUUAUCCAUCCAUUUGACGAUGUCCUUGAAUCGGCAGUUCUGCAGCGCCAGCGCGGUGCUUUUGAACGUCGCCGAACAGAUAAACCCUUCGAAAGAGUUCGGCUUCGCGCAGCCAAACUUUGUGUCAUGGGUGCAUGGCGCUGCGGCAGACGAGAGCCUGGCUCCCUUGCAUGCUGUGCCACGCUCACUACGAUGCCGCCCACCAGGCAAGAAGCGAGUUUGCCCUUCCUGGCGUGGCUUCCUGGAUGAGGGACUCGCUGGCCAGGCGCUUGCAAGGGAUCCUCCGGGGUUGCCAGAGGCGCCGGACGCCGCCAUGCUCUCGGCUUGUGUGGAGGACGUGCGGGCUGCAGUGCAGCUAUUGAAGUCCCACCCAGCUAGCGCCAAGCCCCUGGUUCUGGGCGUCCGCAUAGCUGGGAAGGAGUCUCCGGUGGUGGGGAGGCUGCCUCCUGUACAGGUUCUUGACGGCAUCGCCCAGCUCCUGGGGCCGCAGCCCUGCAACAGGACACUCCUCGCAUGGCAGAAGCUACUACUGCGGCAGCAUCUGGAAUACUACGAGGCAGCCUUGAGAGUUGAUGACUUCGACGAGGAGUUGAACCUGGAGGUAGACACUGUGCAUGAGAGUGCAGAGGAGAAGCUAAUUCGCCAAGAGCUCCAAGGUCUCAAUAUUGAUGAGCUUUUUGCAGAUGUCGAUGAGGACAUGGUGGAGGAGUCGGGCCCCUGGAAUGGCGAUGCUUCUGUGGCGUUGCCCUUCACCUGGGACUUUCCGGAAGACUCCUAG